AGUUCGUCUUUACCAUCCAGUUAUGAGUCACGAACAAGAAAUGGAAGAAGCAACGGAUGGAGAGAUGAUUACAAAUGACGGCAACGUACCGGACGUAAAGGUGACUUUAAUAUCUUCUAUGAGUUUAAUAUUGAAUGAACAAAAGUUUUAUGAUAUUCUGGAAAUUUGGUUGCGGAAAAAGUAUCACAACUUUACUCUUCUGCUUGUAUCCGCUACGUAAACAGGCAGGUAAGCAGGUAACUAUGGUCACCAGGUGAAUACACAGUACUGCUUGAGUGGGGGAUGGACGAGGAAGGAGCAGCGUUCUCCGGGUGGCGACGGUACAACUCGCAGUCUCGUUUGGCGCGCGUUCGUCAUCGGUCGUGGUCGCGCGGGUGUAAGAGGUGAAAGAGUGGCUCAUAGGGGAGGAGAGGAGAGGAGAGGAGUGGAGAAGAGAGAAGAGGAAAGGAGAACAAGAAAGAACUUUGCAAAGAAUCUUACUCGACGGUACGAACGAAGCAAACGGAAGAAAGAAAAAUCAGUGUGCACAGGAUGCCAACUGCGUGAGAGGACGAAGGGGACCACCGUGCGUACAACGUGACGGAAAAUGCGGCCGCAACACGUCGUGGCAGCUCUGGCCACCUUGUUGGCGGUCGCGCAAGGUGCACCGCAAGACUACAGAUACAAGAAUCAUGAGGAGCACCAUCGCGAGGCUUACUUCAACGGGUCCGCGUUUCUCAAACUGAGCUCCUUCGUGUCCGUGCAUCGACACAGCGGCCUUAGCUUCCGUACAUGUGAUCCUGGGAGGCUGUUCCGGCAGAGGUACAACGACGACGACUCGAUCAGUCUCGAGGUGACGCCCGACGGACUCCUCUUCGUAGCUGAUGUUGAUAAACAAACAUACAAGGCCAGGCUGAGCGCCAGGUUGUUAAACAACGUUUGGCACAACGUUAAUUUGUUCUUCAGGCUGGGCAAUCUCACGCUAAAUGCUGCAGGACAUACGCAGGUAGUUGCGAAUGCAACUUAUAACUCCGCUGUUUUGACACUUGCCGACUAUGACAUGAAUAGUUCGCUCAUAGUUGGAGAAGGAUUCAAGGGAUGUAUUCUGCAAGGACCUGGCAUCCUCUUCAACGAUAGCAUCAACAACGGCGCCGUUUUUGGACCUUGCCCAUCAGAUACCAAAGGAUGUGGCGUAAACGGCCUCGUCGGUGGUACAGUCGCUACGGCCUCCACCAUGGAUUUUUGCCACCACGAACCAUGCAUGAUGCAUGGCAAAUGCGUUUCGCGACAGGACCGCUACGAGUGUCAUUGUACCGCCCGGUACUCCGGCAACAAUUGCCAGAUCGACAAUGGUCCACCUUGCCAGAAUACACCUUGUCGUAACGGUGGUACCUGCAUCGAAGAUUCCCGGGGCGACUUCAGCUGCAACUGUAAAGCCGGCUUCACCGGUAGCCGCUGCGAGUCUCAAUUGGGAGUACGAUUGUGCGAGCAAAGCCCGUGCAGAAAUGACGGCGUUUGUCUGGCGCUCGCCGAGAACGAAUACCGAUGUGAAUGUCAGCCUGGUUGGACUGGCAAGAAUUGCGAGACCAACAUUAACGAAUGCGUCCCGAAUCCGUGCAGGAAUGGUGGCAUCUGUAUCGACGGGAUCAAUAAUUAUACCUGCGCAUGUGACAGAACUGGUUACGAAGGUGCCAAUUGCGACGUGGACGUCGAUGAAUGCUUGGCGAACCCAUGCCUAAACAACGGCGUAUGCUAUGAUUACUACGGCACUUACAUCUGCCACUGUCCGACGGGCUUCGAGGGACAAAACUGCGAGCUAAAUCUGAACGAAUGCCUAUCCGGGCCGUGCUACAACGGCGGCGAGUGUAUCGACGACGUUGGUACCUACCACUGCAAAUGUCCGUCGGGAUUCACAGGUCGCCAUUGUGAAUUGCGUGGCUUGUGCGCGAACGCGUCUUGUCCAGCCAACAGCAUCUGUGUCGAGGACUCUCAUGGACCUCAAUGCGUUUGCAUUCCCGGAUUCAUGGGCAACCCGCCUAACUGCACAAUCAAUUAUUGCGCUAGCAAUCCCUGCGCCAGCGGCGGCACCUGUACCAGCGGUAGGGACGGCUUUAACUGUACCUGCCCGCCGGAAUGGAGAGGAAGCACGUGUUCUUCUCCGGCCUCGGACUGGUGCAGCGUGUGCUACAACGGCGGCAGCUGCGCGGAAACUGUGCACGGGGUCGUGUGCCAGUGUCCCAGGUUUUGGACCGGGCCUCAGUGCAAGGAACCGGUCACUUGCGACAAUCUGCCCUGCAAACAGGCUUCCGCGUGUCACGAUUAUUCCGGCGGUUAUUAUUGUACCUGUGAGCCAGGAUGGACAGGAUCCGAGUGUUCCAUCGAUAUGGACGAGUGCGCCAGUGAUCCCUGCCGAAACGGCGGCAUCUGCAUCGAUCAGCUCAACGGCUAUUACUGCGAAUGCCUGCUAGGAUACACCGGGAAAAACUGCCAGAUCAACGUGGAUGAGUGUCUGUCACAACCAUGUCAAAACGGUGGUGUCUGCAUCGAUCGUGUCAACGGCUAUAUCUGCAACUGCACCAGAGAUUUCAUGGGCGACAACUGCGAACGGGAAUACGAUCCGUGUGCCGUGAAUCCUUGCCAGAACAAUGGCAGUUGCACAUUGAUACCAAGAUCGAGAAGAGAGUUUAUUUGCGAAUGCCCACGCGGGUUCGAGGGCAAGAUAUGCGACGUGAACAUUGACGACUGUGCAGGCAUAGUGUGUCCCGACGAUAAAGUCUGCGUGGACGGAAUCGCUGGUUAUGAGUGCAAGUGUCGAGAGGGCUACAGAGAUCCCAACUGCACCCUGAUCGUGGACCAUUGCGCCGCGAAACCAUGUAACAACGGCACUUGCAUCGAUCUCGGCGAGCGCGGCUUCGAAUGUAAUUGCGAGCCCGGUUUCCAAGGUCAGUAUUGUGACCUUGAUGUGGAUGAGUGCGAGCCACCCAACAAUAACACACACAAGCCGUGCAACAACGGCAUCUGCGUCAACACCGAGGGUAGCUAUCAAUGCUUCUGCCGACCCGGUUACUCCGGGGACCAUUGUGACAUCAACAUCGACGAGUGUCUUGGCGGCCCGUGCAAGAACAAUGGCACGUGCAUCGACCGCGUCAAUACGUUCGAGUGCGCCUGCCCGGCUGGCUAUACCGGUAGAACCUGCGAGGUCGAUGUGAACGAGUGUGAGAGUAACCCCUGCGUGAACGGUGCGAGAUGCGUGAACGGCAUAGCCACGUAUACGUGCGUGUGUCCACCUGGCUUUCGCGGCGCCAAUUGCGAGAUUAACAUCGACGACUGCGAGUCCACACCAUGCAUGAAUAUGGGAAAGUGCAUCGACGGUAUCAAUGAUUUCACCUGUGAUUGCAGUGAUACCGGCUUCGAGGGCCUGCGUUGCGAGAAAAAUAUCGACGACUGUUUGUCAUUCCCUUGCUUAAAUGGCGGACUCUGCGUGGAUGACAUCAAGAACUACAAAUGCCAAUGCUAUCUUGGUUACACUGGCAAAAAUUGCGAAGUGGACGUGAAUGAAUGUGAGAGCUCGCCCUGUCAAUACAAUGGCACUUGUCUCGAGAGAUCCAACAAGGAACUUUACAAGAGUGAUGCCUUAACCUUGCCCGCGAUCUUCACUCAGGAAUUCAGCUAUGUCAAUGCGAGCGGGUACGAGUGCUUAUGCGUGCAAGGUGUUACCGGUAAGAAUUGCGAGGUAAAUAUCAACGAAUGCGACAGUAAUCCGUGCCAGGCAGGCACUUGCAUGGAUCGCAUUGGCGGUUACACCUGCGACUGCGACGAGGGCUACGAGGGCGAUCACUGCCAGCACGAGAUCGAUGAAUGCAAGAGAUACAGCCCCUGCGAACACGGGGCUUGCACUGAUGGCAGGGCCGAUUAUUUUUGCACGUGCGAGCCCGAAUAUGGAGGCAAGAAUUGUUCGGUAGAGCUGACCGGAUGUCAGGGCAACGCAUGCCAGAAUGGAGGUACCUGCUGGCCCUACUUGAUUGACGAGACUAUUCACAAGUUCAAUUGUACCUGUCCUAACGGCUAUCACGGCGAAGUUUGCGAUUACGUGACCACGAUGUCUCUGAGCGGCAGCUCAUAUGUCCUGGUGAACACUACGCGCGACGAAGGCUACGAUAUCCAGUUCCGUUUUAGGACUACUUUGCCGAAUGGUCUCUUGGCCAUCGGCAAGGGCUUGACCUUCUAUAUCCUCGAGUUGGUUAACGGCAAGCUCAAUCUACACUCCAGCUUGCUCAACAAGUGGGAGGGGGUCUUUAUUGGUAGUGGCCUUAACGAUUCUACCUGGCAGAAGGUCUUUGUGGCCAUCAACGCCACUCACCUCGUCCUCUCUGCUAACGAAGAGCAGACCAUUUAUCCCAUUAGCCUUAAUGAAGGCUCAAACUCAAAUCAUACGUCCUUUCCCAUGACCUAUGUGGGUGGUACUACCAGCUACCUCAGGAGAUUGACUCAUGGGCCAUCGUUCUUUGUUGGCUGCACGGAAGAUGUUGUUAUCAACGGCGAAUGGGUUUAUUCAGGUACUAUGUCAAAGACUGUGUACAUGGAAGACGUGGAACCGGGUUGUCCCCGCGAGGCUCAAUGUUCGCCAAAUCCCUGCAAGAAUGGCGGUCAUUGCACCGAUCGUUGGCGCGAUUUUUCUUGCAAGUGCGAGCGUCCUUACUUGGGUCACACCUGUCAGUACAACAUGACGGCCGCUACCUUCGGUUACGAGAAUAUUACAAACGGCUACGUGACCGUGAAAGUGUCCGACGCGGCAAGACGAGCCGUCAGAUCGAUCGUCGACAUCUCUAUGUUUAUUCGCACCAGGCAGGAUCGCGGUGACAUAUUUUAUCUGGGCACGGAGCCAAGUUCUCAGAGCGAUCACAAGGAGAAGACUUAUAUAGCGGCGCAGCUAGAAGGUGGAGAACUGCUCGUGAGAAUCCAGUUUAACGGCACGGAAGCCUACACUGUCGGCGGGGUGAAGCUUCACGACGGAAACAAUCAUUUAAUUCAGGUAGUGAGAAACGUCACCCUCGUUCAGGUAAAGAUCAACGGUACGGAGUACUUUCGCAAGACCAUCAGUGCCACGGGACAACUUAAUGUGACCGUUCUUUACCUGGGAGGAUUGCCGCAGGCGUCGAGGUACAUUCGUCAGGUCGACAGUAGACAGAUGGAUGUUCAGCAAACACCGCAGGUUAACUUCAAGGGCGUUAUCCAGGAUGUGCAGAUAUCGAACGGUGUCGAAAGUAUGGUCGUGGAGUUUUUCCCCUUGAAGGCACAGGAUAUUCCCACGCCGAUCCAGUUUGGCAACGUGUCGUUCGACCAUGAUAAAGUCCUCGAAGGCGUGGUGUCGGAUAAUGUGUGCGUAAGCAACCCGUGCAACCAUAACGGCACUUGCCAUGUGACAUGGAACGAUUUUUGGUGCCAGUGCCCGCGCGGCUACACCGGCAAGACCUGCCAGGAGAUGGAGUUUUGUCAAUUGCAAGACUGUCCGGCGGGUUCGCGUUGUCAGAAUCUCGACGACGGUUACGAGUGUAUCGCUAACGCAACUUUCGACGGCAUUUCCACCGUGUUCACGUACACGUACGAUCGCGCCGACGAGCGUAAUGCUAGCAACUCGUCCCUGGAUACUAUCGAAAUCACCUAUCGGUCCAAUACCGGCGGCACCUUGCUCCACAUGACGCCGCAUGUGGGCGACCAGCAUUUCACCGUUUCCGUUUUUAAAGACACCGUUACCGUGUCGUGGCUGUUGAACCAUCAGGAUGCGCUGUCCUUCGGAAAGGCACAGCCCGAUGGGAAUUGGACCUCGCUGCUGAUCAGAUUGUACAAUAAUUCCAUAGAGUGCGGCUACGCCAACCCCACCGAAGAAUACGCAUCUCGCGUAAGUUCAAAUUUUAACUUCCAGCUGUGGCAAGAUCUCUUGGUGACGGGAACGGUCACUCUCGGCGGAUUGUCCAGCGCGUUGUCUGAUAGGCACAGUUACAUCACCGUCAGACAAGAAAAGAGGAAUGGAAUCGAGGGAAAUAGUGUGGAUUACGACAACGAACAUAGGCUGACUACCGCGCCGCCAUCGCAUAACAUGAUGUCGGGGGAACCCUUUAAGGGCUGCAUGGGUGAAGUGCGGAUUGGCAGCAUGCUGCUGCAUUACUUUACGUACGAAGAGGUGUACCAGAACGCAAACUUUACACCGCUGCAGUUUCUGGUGUUGCGGGACCACGUCAAUGGCACCCAUCGUGACAACAUCGGCUGCCAGUUGUGUUUCGACUCGGACUGUAAGAAUAAGGGCUACUGCCUCGACAAGACUAACAGUUACGCAUGCGAGUGCCCGGCCGGCUAUGCUGAGAACGACUGCUCUUUCAACAUUGACGAAUGUAUAGGCAACAAGUGUCGGAACAACGCGACUUGUAUAGACGGUAUCGCCAAUUAUACCUGCGUGUGCAACAGCGGCUGGUUGGGAUGGUUAUGCGAAAGCGAUAUCAACGAAUGUGUGACGCUCAGCCCGUGCCAACACGAUGGUGUGUGCGUGAAUCUACCGGGGCUGUUCAGGUGCGAAUGCCCGGACCAAUUUACCGGAGAUCUCUGCGAGAGCUUCCGGCUCAUCACCUGCGAGAACGAGCCGUGCAAGAACGGUGUUUGCACGGACGUAGCGAAUCCGCAAACUGGCAACAACUAUACCUGUACUUGCAUGCCCGGCUACGAAGGUUCAAUCUGUGACACGCCCUAUUGCAGCGGUAGAAAAUGCCAGAACGGCGGUAGAUGUGACUUUCUGUAUGAGCAGGCGCCAAAGUGCACCUGCGCCCUAGGUUACUCCGGUUUGUACUGCGAGAUAAACAUCGACGACUGCGCACCAGAUCCCGAAGGGAACGUGCCCUGCAAGAAUGACGGGAAGUGCUACGAUGGAGUAAACAACUUCACGUGCAACUGUCAGGACACCGGAUACACCGGUCCGGACUGUUCCAUCGAUGUAAACGAAUGUCUGGGUUCAACAACCGAUUGUAAAUACGGCAAAUGCGAGAAUCUGCCCGGCACCUACCAGUGCAUCUGUGAUCCGGGUUACUGCGGUAGCAGUUGCGAUAUGGUGGAUCCCUGCAACCAGGAAUAUUGCCAAAACGGUGGCACAUGCAAGUGUGCAAAUGACGGUGGAUACACGUGUGAAUGCACUGUCGAAUACACGGGACAAAAUUGUACGGAGUCGGGGAAUUUCUUGGGAAGUCAAGCUCUUGAUAUUGUGGUGAUUGUGGGGCCAAUAGUAGGUUGUCUCUUCAUCAUCGCACUUGUAUCUCUCACAGCACUCUUCAUGAUGGCUAGAAAGAAGCGCGCUACACGCGGUACUUAUAGCCCGAGCGCUCAAGAGUUCAGUAAUCCGCGAGUGGAGAUGGAUAACGUGAUGAAGCCUCCACCGGAGGAGAGAUUGAUCUAAUCUAUUAGUGAUCGAGGCAGCCAAUUAGGUGAUGCGCGCAAGCCUCGUUUUAUGGAAGCUGAUUCACAAAAUCGCGAAAAAAGUUGGAUGAACGCAAUUUUUUGCGUGAUAUGUGCGUGAAUAAAUUUUAUAAUAAUUGAUGAAAGCACAAUAUGUUGCGUUAGUUUUUCUUUCUUUUGUUAAAAUUCAAUUCGGGAUAACAAAUUUUUCCCGAACGUAAAUUGAUCAUCGUGAAAGAAGAAAAAUCAAGAUUUAUUUAUCAACUAUAGCGACGAGUGGCAGCUUCCGUAUAUCAAGGGUUGCGUUGAUGCAUUCUAGUAUCUCUCGCGGAAACGCGAAUAGUCAUUGCGAAAUUUUUCGACUGAAAGAUCACGCAUCACUUGCAUGACGAAGAUUCCUCCACGAACAGCUAAGUUGACCACAUGAAACGGUUAUUCAUAGCGGCUUGCAUCGUUACAAACGAUAAACGGAUUCAAAAGAAAUUGAAAUUAAGGUCUCGGAGUCGAUGCGACCAUAUUGGAUUCGUGACAUAGGCGAAAAAUGACACGUUGAGAAAUGUUGCAUGUCAUUUGCAAAUAAAAAGAUAUUUGGAUAAAACAACACUUGAGAUCACUUGAAGACAUUUAUGAAAAUAGAUGAAAACUCUUAAUUUCCUUCCUGACAGUCAGUAAAUAGCCAUAAAAGAUACAUGAAAUAAGGUCCUAUUGACGUAGGAAAACAGGGUUUCACAGCUAUUGAAAGGAGUAGAAAAUAUGCUCCUAUGUAUAAAAUUCCAAGUUAAGGAGGCCAUCCCGUGUGACGGCUUCAAAAAAUCGAUUUUUUUUUGCAUAAAUCUAAUCUAGAGCACGCAUAGAAUAUACUGGCAAAGUAAUUUUGGCAAAGGAUUUUUUUAACUGGUGCUCAUGAUUUUUCGAAAACGGUUCAAUGGAUUUAAAUAAAAUUUUAAUGGAAGAUUCAGCACAUGUGUGGCUAUCGUGAGAACUAGAAUUUUUAAAAAAUAUUGAACCGUUUUCUGUCCGCAUAAAAAAAUAGUCGCAAAAUAUCAUGCUAUUUUGAGUUAUAAUUUUUAAAAGCAUGCGAAAAAUUGAAUUUUUUAAUAUUUUCAAAAAAUCCUAGUUCCCACGAUAGCCACACAUGUGCUGAAUCUACCAUUAAAAUUUUAUUUAAAUCCAUUGAACCGUUUUCGAAAAAUCAUGGGCACCAGUUGCACCAGUUUAAAAAAUUCAGUUUUGAGAAAAAACGCGUUAGAAAUAGCUCUAGAUUAGAUUUAUGCAAAAAAAAAAAUCGAUUUUUUGAAGCCGUCACACGGGAUGACCCCCUUAAUCUUGGCUUUCGUCUAUUUUUAUGAGUUUAAUAAGUAUAUCACAGGUUACAUUUGCACAAUUAAGCAAAUAAUAAAGAAAUGGCGCGCAACACACAAACUUUUCACGCAUAUAAGUACGAUUCAGCAAGCGUUACAAAUGCUUCGAAGCGUUUCUCCUUUUUCUUCCUUUAUUCGGAUCCGAAAAAUAGAUGAAGGAAGAGAAACGCUUCGAAACAUUUGUAGCGCUUGUUAGACGUACUCUAGUGGUUCAUUUUUUAUUCUGAACUGUGUUGCUACUGUGUCAAUGCGGAGUUCUUAGCUGACUACUCCGAGGCCUUAAAUGAGAAUUUACCUACGAAAUUAAAUUUCUCUCUUGGAAUCUUUGGGAAUUGAUUCCAAAAUUUGUUUUGAAUCCUUUUAAUCUGUCUAUGGCUUGUACGAAAUAAUUGAAUAGAGACGUAUAGAAAAGUGUUUCCGUAUUAAGGUAAUAAAUUUAAUAAGAAACGUGUUCGCAACGACGCAACGAUUUCUCUAACGGUAUGUUUGUCGAAGAAUGAUAAUUGUCAAGCAACUUUUGAUAGCAAUCCUUGAAAACUCGGUGCGUUACGCUAGAACGAGAUAAAGCCAAUAUUUCAAGUUCCAGGCUUCCUGAGUGAUUUAAUGUAUUCCCCUGCACAGUCGAGGAAUGUACAUAGAGUGUCCCAGGAAAAAAAACACGUGCAAGAAUGUAUUUCUUAAUUAAUUUAUAUUUUUAUGAUUUCUUUAAUCGAAUCCAAGGGACCAACAACGAUUUGAGAACUCGUGGAUUCGAAGGAUCGUUGGAUUCAAUCACGUCUAAUGACUCAGGAAUACGAAAUUAGAGACUCUGGAAUCGGAGGAUUCGUGGAGUAGAUAUUUGAAUAAUUUAGUGGUUCUCGUGCGGAAGAGUUUUUGGAUAAUAACAAGAAGCAAUAUACAUACGUACUUAUCUGGGACACUCUGUAAAUCACAUUGCGCUCAAGUCAUUGUAGAUUCAAACAAAGUGUACUUAAAACUCUCAGAAAAGUGUCCUUACAACGUAAGCAAUACUCGAAGGAAGGAAGCAUCCGAAAAAACAGACCCGUCCAUUUAGUGCCUAAUCUCCCCCUUCCUCCCACUCUCUCUCUCUUUUUUUCCCACACACACGCGCUACACACACACACACACACACACACACACACACACACACACACACACACACACAAAAAAAAAAGAUUAUUUAUAAGUCGCGAGCAUAUAAUAUCGAAAAGCGCGAGAAGAAGAGAAAGACGACAGGACAUUCCAAUAAUAAUGCAUAACAUGUCCUUACGGCUACAAUAAGCUAGGUGAAUUAAGGAAAAUUGAUAAUCUUAUAUGACUAUCAACUUCCAAUUUCAAAAACUUGACACUAGCUGUAAAAAAGUAUUUUAUAGAUGUUUAAUUUGUUAUUUUAACCGUAUGCAUUUCUUUUAUUUUUAAGGGUAUAUCUGAUAUAUUUCAAAAUUCUCUUUCAAAUAUAUUGCCAAAUCAUUAUGUGUUGAUAUGAUAUUGUAAAUGAAUUUUGUAAUUUUAUCAAUUUCAAUAUUUCAUUCUUUUCUACUGAAUAUUUUUAUGACUCUCAUUAUAAAGUCUACCAAUAUCUAUUAUCUUUUAUGCCAAAACUUAUUUCCUAUCAAUUUAAUUUUAAUUGAAUUUUUUUUUAGUACUACAUCGAUAUAUUUUUACUUAAUUUUUACCCAUCACCGCAGGGAUUAUAUACUCUAGGCCCUAAAUAUUAUCAAGCAGCGUCAACGUUAAUUCAAAUUUAUCGUGGGGAAGAAAGACGACGAUAUCGUUGCAUGUUUUCGGCGCGAUUCGAAAGUUCGCGAAAACGAAAAGAACUCGAGUACGUACAAAAAACUCGAGAUAUCGCCGUCGCGUUUGUUAAUUUUGUACAUAGCCUAGCUCGUAAGCCGUGAAGAUUAUUAAUGAUUUUUAUCGCUAGAAAUUUUAUAUAACUCUUAGGUAUUUAACGAAUGACGAACAUAUAUUAAUCGGUACGUAAUUACUUACUACCACGACCAAAGUAAACUGCAAGGUGAACUUGCGUUACACAAGUUUACUCUGUAAAAAUCAUGUCACGCGAUUUUGUAAGUACGAUAUUUAUCACCUUAAAGCGUGUGUUCGCAAGACUGAAUUUUUAGCGUGACAUGGGGAAAACGAAGAAUAGGAAACCAAAUAUAUCCGAGGAAAAUUAAUUCAGUUUCCAUCGACCUAGUUUUCUUAAUUAUAAUUAUUUUACCCCAGAAAUAUACGUUGGAAAUUGUGUCAAAAUUAUAUCGAUAUGUAUAAUUUAGACAAAUUAGUCCGUUUAAUUUCCCAUUUUCAGAUAAUAGUGUGUGAAAUUAUUCUCUAUUUAUUUCACAACGACACGUCCGAAUUCACAUGUCGUAAUGUCGUAAAAAAAAGGGGCGAAUAAAAUACGUAGAUUCGAGUGCAAGAGUUUAUUCCGUGUGUCGCGUGACGAUCGACAUGACACACAUUGUGCAUUAAAUAACAGAUAGAUAUAGCGACUUCCCUGCCCGAAGCGGAUAAUUUGAUGUACAAAAUCAAUAAAUAUAUACACAUAUAAUUUAAUAAAUGUAUUUAUCAUUUUGAUGAGAAAUAUGAUACAGCGCGAUGAUUUCUUCCAGAGAAAAGUAGCAUCUAAUAAAAUUAACCCUUAUCGGUCGUAAGUCACCUCUCACGUGACAACAAUAUUUCGUCGCUGCGGUCGUACGUCACGU